UGCGCUGUUUUCAGAUUUGAGAUGAUUGAUGCUGCCAGGAACAGAGUGCGUGUGAAGGCCUGCUAUGUCAUGAUGGCACUGACCAUCCUGGCGUGCCUCGCCACGGCUGUGUCUGGCAAACAGGCGGCGAGUCGGAAUGAAAAUCUGACCUCUCGUAACAUGGAGAAGAAGGCUCGAUGGAGAGAGGAGGCACAGAAAGAAAAGGAGGUGGCCACUGCACUUGAGAAAGCCCAGUGAGAUGCAUCCAUCAGAGCUGCCAAGGCCCAUGUCUCAGUGUCACCUGGGAACAUUUCAUGUCAAAUGCCACACACCAUGGGAACUCCGGUGGACUUCCUUCACAUAGUACACAGAUUUUUAUAGUAUAUAAA